AUGGCUACCAACAUCACUUGGCAUCAAAAUUUGACUUACGAUGAACGUAAGGAAUUGAGAAAGCAAUCAGGAUGCACUAUUUGGUUAACCGGCCUAAGUGCUUCAGGUAAAAGCACCAUUGCUUGCGCUUUGGAACAAUUACUGUUGAACAAAGGUCUAUCAGCUUACAGAUUGGAUGGUGACAAUAUAAGAUUUGGACUAAAUAAGGAUCUGGGUUUCUCUGAACAAGAUAGAAACGAGAAUAUCCGUAGAAUUUCAGAAGUUUCUAAGUUAUUCGCUGACAGUUGUUCAAUUGCCAUUACUUCAUUCAUUUCUCCAUACAGAAUUGACCGUGACAAAGCCAGAGAGUUGCAUAAAGAAGGUGCUUUAAAGUUCAUUGAAGUAUUUGUCGAUGUUCCAUUAGAAGUUGCAGAACAAAGAGAUCCUAAAGGUUUAUACAAAAAGGCUAGGGAAGGCAUUAUCAAAGAAUUCACUGGUAUCUCCGCUCCUUACGAGACUCCGCUCUCACCAGAAUUACAUCUUAGAACUGAUCAACAGUCAGUUGAAGAAUGUGCUCUUAAAAUCUAUGAAUAUCUAGUCAAGGAAAAGCUAAUUUAG